AUGAACAGUAGUUUACUUGGUAAUGGUAAUAGCGGUGGUGGCGGUGGUGGUGGUAGUAAUACUCCACUUGUAUUAAGUCUUCCACCAGUUCCUCAAUUAGUUAUAUUAGGUAUUAUAUUUGUCGCAUCAGUUGCUCUCAAUUGUAUAUCAAUAAUAAGUAUUGUUGGUGCCCGAGCAAUAACACCAAUAAAUCUAUUAAUUAUAAAUUUGGCUGUCAGUGAUAUUGUUUAUUCAUUGACCAUUCCGAUAUUUGCCGUACAUAUUGUUAUUCCAUGGUGGCCAUUUGGUCGUGUUGGUUGUCAAUUGGCUAUUGCUAUUGAUAUUAUUGCUAUGAUCGUUGGUGUUUAUACAAUAACAGCAUUAAGUGUUGAACGGUAUAUGGAUGUACGUGAAACAUCACGACGUUAUAAUGAUCAAGUUAAAUCAGCAUUAGUCUUAGGUUAUAUAGUUGUAUUAUGGAUAUUUGCAAUAUUAUUUCCAUUACCAAUGUCUUCAUCAUUAUUUGUUCAUAAUCGUUCUCGAGCUGCAUUAGUGUCUGGUGUAAGCGAAUGUAAAUCACGUUGGACAGCUAAUGAAUUAUCACGUUAUGUACAAUUAAAAUUUGCUUGUGCAUUUUUACUUCCAUCAUUAAUAACAUGUACAUUUUCAUUUCGUUUAAUAUUAUUUCUUCAUCGUUGGUCAAUGAGAUCACGACGUUUAUCAUUAUCACAUCGUUCAUUAAAUACAUAUAAAAGACGUGCAACAACACUUGUUUUAUUAAUAAUCAUAUUAUUUUUUGUACUUUGGUCACCAUUAUGGAUACUUCAACUUUAUGAUACAUUUAAUGAACGUGGACCAACACAAUAUAUACAAAUAUUAAAUUUUGUAACAUUAGUUUUUGUUUAUGCAAAUGGUUUAUUAAAUCCAUUACUUUAUUUAAUAUUAACACAAAAUUUUCGUGAUUAUAUAAGAACAAAUAAAUGGUCAACAUGGAAAUCACGACAACGUUCAAAAAAUAAUCAAACAUUUUUUUAUACAACAAAACCAAUUAUUAUUAAUGAAAAUCAAAUUCCUGAACAACAAACAAGUGGAAUUUUACAUAAUGAUGAUGAUCAACAUGCUUUUGUACGAAAUGAGCCAAGUUCAGCUGCUAAUUAA